CUUGGGUCACGUCUUUGGGACGUCUUCGAGCGCACAUACGAUCUCGGCUUCACCUGCUUUGGUGGCCCACCAGUCCAUUUCCAGAUUUUCCACCGCAAAUUCGUCGAUGGUCUAGGUAAAACUCCGUGGAUCGAUGAGCAAACUUAUCAGGAACUCUUCGCUGUAUCGCAAGCUUUACCCGGUCCCGCCUCCACCAAGAUGCUUUUCGCCAUUGCCCAAUUACAUGCAGGGAUCGUACCUGCUUUCUUCGUCUUUCUUCUUUGGUCCCUACCCGGAGCCAUCGCAAUGUACGGACUCUCCCUCGGCGUUCAGAGGAUCAAUAAUACCCUACCAGAUCCAGUGUAUGCGUUGCUAUCCGGUGUCAACGCAGCCAUUGUCGGAAUCAUCGCCCUCGCCGCUGUUCAGCUGGCUAGGAAGGCAAUCACAGAUAAGGUUACAAGGAUUUUGGUCCUUCUUGGAGGGUGUGCGGCGCUUUGUUACAAUGCCCUCUGGUAUCUCCCGAUGCUUAUUGUUUUAGGCGGGCUUGUAACAGUGACAUGGGAUUGCGUUUUGCAGCCAUGGCUCAGGGAGUUGCGGGUUCGACGGCGCAGGAUCUCGGAUGCUCCCGAGGCCACAUCGGAAAUUGAAAUGGCUCCCUCAUCUCAGGUGGUUUCAGAACGCCUAGAUGGGCCACAUCGCAGGCAACAUGUAACAACAUCGACGGAUGUCGUCGCUACUGUCGUACCUCCAACAAACUUGGAUAAUCAAGUAACCCCGCCCUCUACCAACGGAGCCGCCCCACAUACCAUCUCCGUCAAAUUAGGGAUAGCGAUCAUCGUUUCUUUCUUCGCUUUCUUCACCGUUUUGAUGGUGUUACGGGGAGUUUUACAUCAUGUCCCCAUCCUCUUCUCGCUUUUCAACAGCAUGUUUCUAGCGGGCACGAUCAUUUUUGGUGGCGGACCAGUGGUGAUUCCCCUCCUUCGAGAUUAUGUUGUGCAGCCGGGAUGGGUCUCACCGCGCAAUUUCUUGCUCGGCCUUGCGAUCAUACAGGCCAUGCCCGGGCCCAACUUCAACUUUGCUGUCUAUCUAGGUGCAAUGACUGUCGCUGGCCCUGCCUCUUCUCAUUCCAUUCCCACCGUGAUCGGUGCGAUCCUCGCCAGCUUGGGCAUCUUUGCCCCAGGGCUUUGGAUUUCGGUUGGCUUCCAGGCUAUCUGGAGGUCUUUGCGAAAACGUAGAGAAGUCACAUGUCUUCUGCGGGGCAUUAACGCUACCGCAGUGGGUUUAGUCUUUACGGCUGUCUACCGCCUUUGGGAGGUUGGGUACCUUACUGCUCAGGACAGCCAAGGUAUCAGCUUAGGAAAUGACCCAUGGUGGCUAGUGGUGGCUGCUUGCACAUUUUCCUCUGUCGAAUGGUUCUCCGUCCCGCCUCCCCUGGCUAUCUUAGCUGGGGGCGUCGCAGGUCUC